AUGGGUAUGAACAUUAAUGGGAAUAAUCUCAGUUCCGCGGGAGUGAUACGCGUGCCAGCUCAUCGACCACUGAACAGCGCUCAUUCAUCAAUUCCAACCAGUAUGACCACGGUGCAAAAUAUUGGAACUAUGAGCACCAUGAAUAAUCUAACGGGAUUAACGUUUCCUUGGAUGGAGAGUAACAGGAGGUUUACAAAAGAUAGAUUUUCAGGUCAUCCGUAUCAGAAUCGGACACCGCCCAAAAAGAAAAAGCCUAGAACUUCGUUCACAAGACUUCAGAUUUGUGAACUGGAGAAAAGGUUUCACCGGCAGAAGUACCUGGCGUCUACAGAAAGGGCGAGCUUGGCGAAAGCUCUAAAAAUGACUGACGCACAAGUCAAAACAUGGUUCCAAAACAGGAGAACUAAAUGGAGACGACAGACGGCAGAGGAACGGGAAGCAGAGCGACAGCAAGCCAAUCGUAUCCUCAUGCAGCUCCAACAAGAAGCUUUUCAAAAGACGUUGAACCAGCCCGUGAACCCGGACCCAGUUUGCCUUCACAACACAUCUUUGUUCGCUCUUCAGAAUCUUCAGCCUUGGACUGAAAACCCAGGAAAAAUGAGCAAUUUAGCUUCUUAUGACUAG